AAAGGAGAAUUAUUUGGACUGUUUUCAAUAAUACGUGGAGUAUUUUGGUUCCUGGAAUGUGAGCAGAGUGGAAGGUCUUCCUCCUCCGUGUCUCCCUUGCUGAGUACAUUAUCACACAGUUGACCGAUCCAUUCAUUCUAUACAGUGGUUAUAAGAUGUUGAGGUUGUGAUAAAAUUUAGAUAAGCUUUGGAUAUUUAGUCCAGCGGUCUAAGUUAGCAUGCAGUCAUCUGCAAAGGCCGUCAGUGUAAAUCUGUGUGUGUUAACCUUAGUGAUUGAUACCCAGACUCUAAGGUUAACCUCCACACCGUGGUGUCCUGUCUUCAGAUCAUCGUCGUUCUGUAAGAAGCUGUAAGUAGUGGGUGCAAGAGAAAUCUCCUCUGCACUUGGUGGACACUAUGGCUCCACACCCAGUGAUCCAGGCUAUUAUUGACCUUUCUGCAGGAGCAAUAGGGGGAGCGGCAUGUGUCUUCAGUGGACAGCCUCUGGACACUGCAAAGGUCAAAAUGCAGACCUUUCCUACUCUCUACAGGGGCUUUAUCCACUGUGUUAUGUCCACGUAUAGACAAGUGGGUGUGCGGGGCCUUUACCAGGGCACGACGCCUGCACUCAUGGCCAACAUUGCAGAGAACUCAGUGCUGUUCAUGAGCUACGGCUUCUGCCAACAGGUCAUCCGUGUUGUGGCCGGUUUGCACAGUAAUGCUGUCCUCAGUGAUAUGCAGAAAGCCUGUGCUGGCUCAGUGGCAUCCAUCUUCUCCUCGCUGGUUCUCUGCCCGACUGAACUCGUCAAGUGUCGGUUGCAAGCCAUGUAUGAGAUGCAGGCUUCAGGCAAGAUCUCCCAGAGCCAGAAUUCAGUGUGGUCAGUGGUGAAGACCAUCAUGAGGAACGAGGGACCACUUGGCUUCUUUCAGGGUCUGACCACAACUAUUGCCAGAGAGGUCCCCGGUUACUUCUGCUUCUUCGGAGGCUACGAGCUCAGCCGCACUGCCUUUGCAGACUACAUGAAAUGUGACAAAGAAGACAUAGGUGUGGCUCCUAUCGUCUUCAGUGGGGGUUUCGGGGGGGCGUGCCUCUGGCUGGUGGUCUACCCAAUGGAUUGCGUGAAAUCCAGGAUCCAGGUCAUGUCUAUGACGGGCAAACAGGCAGGGUUUUUCAAGACAUUCAUGACCAUCGCACGCACCGAAGGUGUGAGGGCACUUUACUCUGGUCUCACCCCUACAAUGGUCCGCACCUUUCCUGCUAAUGGUGCGCUGUUCCUGGGCUAUGAGGCCAGCCGGAAGCUCAUGAUGAAACAGUUUGAGGAUUAAAUGGACCUGUGUGCAAAAGGCGUAUGAAAAGAAAUGUGAAUUGAAAGAGUUAUAGCCAUAUAACAACAUGAAAACCCUGGUUUAUAUCUGUGAGAUGGGGUUCUUAUCAAGUUAACUGAAACUGCCACACUCCAUUUCUCUUAGACUUAAACAUCAUAUUUACACUAUAAAUCUGAUUAUUAAUUUAUUGUUUGCUUUUAACCCUUUUUUAACCAAAAUCUUAUUGCCAACAUGAAGUAUUAGAAUAUUUGUCCAAUACUGAGCAAUACUUACCUGCCUUUUUGGAUGAAAAAGUGUGAACACUCCAGUGAAAACACUCCACACACUCCACACUCCAGGUCAUUAUUUAUGUCUACCUCAACAGAGUUGUAUUCGCACAAAAAAUGCUUUUCACUCCAGAUUCUCCACCUGCUUUGUUUUCUGGUUUAUACGGCAGAUAAACAGUCUGU